GGAAAGAUGCUCCAACCGUGGCAAAGCCACCCCGAGUAAGUGCUGCACCGGUGAACCUACACGAGGGAUCUUUCCUUGCCCGUGCGGAUGUUCCCGUACAGGAGGAAGAAGAUCAUCUUUGGGUUCUUGCUAUCAUUAAGCGAUGUUGCAUCUACAGCCUCGCCCAAGAUGACCCUUGUCCUGUGGAGACGCAGGCUGCACAAUGUUUGGUGGCCAAAGGAGAGGGCGCAACAGGCGAGCUGAUCGGAGAUGUCUUUGGUCUUCGCUCACCCAGGACGGCGAUAGGACCAACGGACUGUGACGGGGUUCUUCGUGAUCGACGUUUGCAGGGUCGAGCCAGAAGACUUCAAGGCGAGAAGCCCGAGGUCAAGCAGCAGGAGGCACUGGAAGUCGAGCGUGUGGCACGCUGGGAAAGAUUGGUCGCAGGCCAGACCUUGUGUGACGUGGACGCAUAUGUCCUUGGGGGCGAACCUUUCGCCCUUUACAGCAGGUCGAGUUGGUCUGACUUGAAGAGCGUACACUCGAUUUGGAUUGACUUCGUCGGUGAAGAUUGCCGCUCGGGCUUCGUCGAGACUAGGACCACGGAGCACACGACCAACGAUACAGUGUGUGCCAAGCGCCGGGCUAUGCCGCUUGUCGCACCUUUCCCAGGCGUGUCUGAGGCCAGCUGGGUAGAUUCGUGGUGGCAAACUGCAAAGAGGUUGGGCGUCGACUGGUCUGCAGUGCCUUCCGGGCCGCUAGUGCGAGCCCCGAAUAAUGGAGGCUAUCUGGGACUUAGGCGACGCUCUUCCAGUGAAGCAGUCGCUAUGCUUUGCAGCGCCCUGGGGCUUGAGGGUGUCCGGCGCCGGUUUUCGCAUGUGCUCAAGUGCACAACCAUGACCUGGAUCGGGAAGAGAGGUUUCGGGGGACGUGAAGGUCUCUUGCUGGGACACCACGCCACGGGCUCCAGCUCUUUAGCUUACUACAACCGAGAGCUGCUCAGUGUACUGCUACGAGUUUACAGGAGCAUGCUACAGGAGAUUCGCAACUAUGUCUUCAAGCCCGACAACACACGAUCGGGUUGGCUGACAUUUCAAGGGAAUGACUUGCCUACUGGGGGCCAUGGACAGGUGUGCAGUGGUUCUGUCGCCGACAGGCCCCUCAAGCCUAUCUUGAAUUCUUCAACUGCCGCUGACCGACCCGCUGUCAGUGAUCCCGCGUCUUUGGACGCGUCAGCUGGUAGUGGUAGCAAGCUUGCGGAUCUGGGAGAGCCCGCCUUCUCCUCUUGGGUCGAGCGAGCAGUGGUUGAAGACGAGCCGCAGCCGUCGAAUUCCUCCUCUUCCUCGCCCACGAGCUCCUCUGAGGCCAGUGGGACUGAGGAGCAGCUGGUGGCCAUGAGCGGAGUUAGUCAGCCUUAUGAGAUCGACGAGCCAUGUUGGCAGCAC